GGAAAUCUUUAUUUUCAUUUGAACAUAAUUACUUGUCAUUUAUUGAUGCCACUCAACUUCUCCUUCUUCCACUUCAAACCUCUUAAUUUCAUUUUCUUGAUUUUUUAUUUUAUCAAAAGUUUUCAGCUUUUUGGAAAUGGGUACAAAAAGUUUUUGCUUUUAAAAAGUUCAGAAAGGGGGGAAGCUUGAAGAAGAAUAAGAAGAUAUGCCAACAGUUUGGUUUUCCUUGAAGAAAUCUCUCCACUGCAAAUCGGAGCCAUCGGAGGUCCAUGACCCGAAAUCCAAGAAACAACUAGCAACAAUCUUGACCCGAAAACCAGGUCGGUCGGGUUGUUCAAGGUCCAUCGCAAAUCUCAAAGAUGUCAUCAAUGGCGGCAGUAAGAGGCAUUCAGAAAAGCCAGUGAGUUGUAGUCCUAGAUCUAUCGGAAGCAGCGAGUUUCUAAACCCAAUUACCCAUGAAGUUAUUCUCAACGAUUCAAGAUGUGAGCUUAAAAUCACCGGCUUCGGUGGCGGGUUUCACGAUGUUAGCGGUGGCGCCGCCGCCGCCGGCGCCGAUGGGUCUACUUUCGUGGGUACAUUGAUGCCGGGUACACCUGGUCCUGGUGGUCACCCAACAAUGCAUACUUUCAAGAAUCAUCAAACACCUACAAGAAGAACGGUUUCAUCAUCAGACGGGAAUGGAAUCGCGAAUUCCGGUAACUCAACAGGAAAGAAUGGAAUUGGAAUCCCACAAAAACCUAGACCUUCUAUGGAAACAGAAUCUUAUGGGUCUUCUGGCGCAGUCACGUGCCAUAAGUGUGGUAAACAGUUUGGGAAGUGGGAAAAUCUUGAAGCCCAUCAUCUCUCAAAACACGCAGUGACUGAACUUAUGGAGGGUGAUUCUUCUAGAAAGAUCGUGGAAAUCAUCUGUCGAUCGAGCUGGUUAAAGUCCGAGAACACUUCGGGUCGAAUCGAGAAGGUUCUAAAAGUCCACAACAUGCAAAAAACACUAUCUAGAUUCGAAGACUAUCGAGAGUUAGUGAAAACGAAAGCUAGCAAACUACCAAAGAAACACCCACGUUGUUUAGCAGAUGGGAAUGAACUUUUAAGGUUUUAUGGCACUACAAUCUCCUGUUCUCUUGGAAUCAACGGCCAUUCUAGCCUUUGUAUCUCCGAUAAAUGUUGUGUUUGUCGGAUUAUAAGAAAUGGGUUUUCAACACCUAAGGAACUCAAGGGUGGUAUUGGGGUUUUCACAACUUCGACUAGUGUUAGAGCUUUUGAAUCGAUAGAAGUUUGCGAUGAUAGUUUAGAUACACGAAAAGCUUUAAUGGUGUGUAGGGUGAUUGCAGGGAGGGUUCAUAGGCCACUAGAGAACAUUCAAGAGAUUUCAGGGCAAUCGGGGUUUGAUUCGUUGGCUGGGAAAGUUGGGGUUCAUUCGAAUAUCGAGGAUCUUUAUUUGCUUAGCCCUAAAGCUCUUUUACCUUGCUUUGUGGUGAUUUGUAGAGUCUAAAAAACAAUGAUUUAUUGGAAGAAAAAAAAGGUUUUUGUUUUUGGUAAAGUUGUUGGUAAGGGUUUGUUUAGGUAGAAUUGUGAUGAAUUUGGUUACUCUUGAAAUAGUUUCCAUAUGUUUUUUGUUUAUGAAUUCGGUUAUAUUACUACUGCAUUCAUAACAAGUUUUGAAAGUGGG